AAAUUUUACGGUUUCAGCCAACCACCGGACAACUUCAACUCUUCCGCGAACUAAUUCUACCAUUAGUUGCUAGAGGACUACAUAACUCCUUCGUCAAUUUCGUCGCUAAACACGCGACCUUGACAACCAACUUUUACCUCAUCGACUUUUAACUUCGUCGAGGUUUCCUCUUUUCCUUCUCUCAUAUCUCAACCCUCUUUUCAUUCAAUUCUCUUCUUAACUCUUCAGUAGCCAUCAUGUCUCGAGGUGGUACUACUCUGUACGUGACUGGCUUCAGCCACGGUACGCGUGCCCGAGACCUCGCCUACGAAUUCGAACGCUAUGGUCGUCUUGUCCGCUGUGACAUCCCUGCCCCACGAUCUGCGUCUAGCAGACUGUUUGCUUUCGUGGAGUAUGAGGAUCGUCGUGAUGCCGAUGAUGCGUAUCAUGAGAUGCACAACAAGCGCAUCGGCCGUGAUGAUCUUCUGAAGAUUGAGUGGGCUCGUACUCCCCCCUCUGCGUCCUGGCGAUUUGACAGUGGUCGUGACCGUGAGCGACGUGAUCGUGGAGGCAGAUCCCCACGUCGCGGACGUUCUCCAUCUCCCCGUCGCAGCACUCGUGACUAUUCCCCUCGCAAGGAUGACCGACGAGACCGCGACCGCGAUUACGACCGUGACCGUCGUGACACACGUGACCGCUCUCGUAGCCCGGAUACUCGUGACCGCGACCGUGACGAUAGAGACGACCGCGACCGCCGUGACAAUGGCACCAAUGGCGACGACCGAAAGGCUGUCGACAGCCCUCCGCCCCAACACGAGGACCUGGACGUUGCAGAGUGAUAAGUAUAACUGGCCUGGCUAUGUUACACUGCGACGGCGGGUUGCAUCAGCAACGUGUGAAAUAUUAGAACGUUCUCCUAUGUCACACGGGUGUUUGGUAAUUGCUUUUCUACAUUGGGCUGUAACUCAUCUUUUAGUUUCGAUUUCAUCGACCGACGUGCGAGGCAGUCAUCCGACUAAUUGAAAGACUGAACCCGGAGACGAUGCCGCCAAGACCGCGAGGAUUUCCUAUUUGAGACAGCAAAAGGCUACUAAGUGAAUCUUAAAUGCAGCUAGGUAGCCGAAAACGUGCCUUAACGGCGAAGUUCUAGCUAGGUAGUUAGUCAACUUGUUAGUUUCAAGGCAAACACACCGCGAUUCCUAUGAGUUCUUCGUGUUCUAGUGUUUUGAGGUUGUGAGACACUCCGGCUAAGACACCUAACCUAUCCAGCAACCUAAAACACAAUCCUUCAGUUACCAUG